AUGACAAUAUUGGAACUCGCCCCACUAGAACCUGCAACUCAAGUAUUGCCUCCACCACCAGCAUCACAAAUGCAAGAAGCGCCAUCUGCCCCUCGUCCCAAGCGACGAAAACUGACCAUUUCCCGAUUGACAAACGAGCAAAUCAUUGAUCAUCAGCUGGCGGCUCCGGACUUGAACUGUGUCGAGCUCCACCAAAAGAGCGAGACUAUGAUAAUAAUGCAGGGCAACCGAACCCUUCCCAAAGGAUUUACGUAUAUAGCAAGAAGUGCUUAG